GGCCGGGGAUGAAGUGAUUCACAGUAUGGGAGGAGGAAGAGAUUGGUGAAACGUUUAACACCUCUGCUUUGUUUCCUUUCUCAUCACUUUUUCUGUUGGCGUUCUGAUUCGUCGCCUCUCCUCCUGGCACUCGCUCUGUUCUUUCUGUGAUGGACGUCUGGAUUGUCGUCAUCUGUGCUCUCGUGCUCAUAUCCAUUGAAUCAGAACAGACUCCCACCUCAAAGCACACAACAGUCCCCCCGCCUGACCUCACCUCACGUAACGACACCCAGGUCUGUUCCUGCUGCCCCAGUGUUGCCGUGACAACCCCUCCACUCCCCCCCUCCUCCUCUGACCCUGGCAGCCCUGCACCUGAUCUGGGCCUCCUCACAGUCCAGUGGGACAGUAAAUCCUGCACAGGAGACAUCCACUUGUCUUUUCUACGGUCCAAUGCUUCCUUGCACAUCUGCUUUGAUGACAGCGAGGAUGUUCGGAGGGCUCUACGUCAGGUGUGCGAGCACACAGAGGGCUGCGUAGGCAAACCGCAGUGGAAGGAAGGCGAUAUAACGUGGACGGGUCACCACGCCAACGAGGGAGGAAAACACAAAAGUACAACGUGUCCAAAACUAAGAGUGCGAUGCAAAGUGAAGCCCUCACGUGUGUCAGAUGUACAAGGGGAGCUAAAAGGCUACAAAGUGGCGACGGCUCUGCUGUGCUGUCUGCUGGUGGUCCUCUGUCUGAUCUCCUUCACCAGACCAACCGUCAGAGCUUUGCAAAAGAGACUCUCCGAUAAGAGGCAGACUCGCUGGAUCGGCCCCACGCAGAGUCACAGCGUGUCUUACCACAGAGGGAAAAGUACAGUCAAAAAUGCUGACGGAGACAAGAGAUCAUCCUAUCCGGCUUUAGAGGGACUGAUCAGCGGCAGCAGAGACCCUCCAUCCAACAGGAACAGCGACUAUAACUACUGACACCCUCGCCAUCAGCACCAUCUUCAUUCUCUGCAGUUCACUGUAUGUGCACAGAGCACAUUUAAAAAAAACAGCUUAAACAUGAGCACACUGACUGCUGUUGAAUUGUAUAUUUGUACAGGAUUGUCCGACUGUAGAAGAAUGACACAGACUUAUGCAAUGCCACGUAAAAGUUCUUAUUCAUGUCUUUGUAUUGGCUUGAGUUAGCUGCUUCUUCUGUUCUGAGGCUCAUAAGAGCCAAAAAAUACAAUAAAAAAAACAAAACAAAUGAUAUUAUUUUCAAUCUGAAGUUUUCUGCUUUUUAUACAUAAUGCAGGUUUUUUUUCCCCCCCUUC